ACUAGCCCUUUAGCCGGUGAGCGACUGGGAGCACAGCAUGGGCCCAAAAACAGCCGGAACACGACAGCGCUCGACGCUUUCCUCGUUUGGAAAGGGUGGGACAAAAGCGUCGGCAGCACAGCAAGCGGCCGCGGCAACCAAUGCCAAGGGCAAGUCGGCACUGAUCAGCAGGUCGUCGUCUGCCAGCGACCUCAAGCAGGAGAAGCCGGCUUACACCAAGGAGCAGUUGACCGAAGCGGAUGGCCGGGAAGAGCUCGAUCCAGACGAUCCGACCUACGAUGGAUUGUGGGACGAUGUCAUGAAGAAGAUGGGCAUGCCCAAGCUCAAGCCGAUCCACUCUGAUGGCAUGAAUCGCAUCGACCACAUCCUGCGCGUCUUUGAUCUGGAUCCAGCGUACGGACCGUGCCUUGGGCUCACACGACUCGAGCGAUGGCAUCGGGCGGACAAGCUUGGCGAUGAGCCGCCAGUCGAGAUCAAGCACAUCCUCGAGACAAAGCAAGGCACACUGGAUCUCAAGAAUAGUGUCCUCGCCGACAAGGGCGUGUGAAUGGAGCUCGAUCCUCGUUUCUAGCCAUUUCCUGUACUGUACAUUGAUAUAAUUGUUCCCAGUUAUGAGUUGAAUAAUCUCGAGUGUAGCGCA